AUGAACUAUUUUUUAGUAAAAGCAAAGAAAAGGCAAAGUUUGGUUCAUCUUAUGGGUAGCUUCCAGAAGGCUGAACAACUAAGUCCCAGAUCUAAGGCGGGUGCCAAAUGGCUAUCAAAAGUUAAAAAAGGAAGACAAAUAGCCCCUAAAGAAUCUGUAGCCUUAUCAGUAUCUCAUCUAAGUCCUCUUGGCUCCCAACUGAGUUUUACUACUACUACAAUGCGUAUAGAACAUGUAACUGAUUGGGAAUUGAUUGCUAAGAAAUACAGAGCUCUUAUGGGCCAAGUUGAUGAAGAAAGAAAGGAUCGACCUGAAAAUGAGAACACUGAAGAUGAAGAAGAAGAAGCCACGCAAAUGCCAAAUAAUUUGCAAAAUGCUUCUUCAAUGGGUUAA